CAAAAUCUGAAUUUUUAUGCUCUGAAUUUCAUCGAAUUUGACAAAAUCUGAAUUUUUAUGCUCUGAAUUUCAUCGAAUUUUUAUGCUUGUGAAUGUCUGAGUUUGUAAUUAAAUCUACUCUCAGUACUUACCACAAAAAAAUUCCCCUAAAUUUAGGUUUACCCUUAUAUAUUUUAUGAUAAAAUCUUAAAAUUCCCCUAAAUUUAGGUUUCGACAAAAUUACCCUUAUAUAUUUAUGAUAAAAUCUUUCUUAAAGGUUAACAUUGUAUAUUAAAGGCAUUUCCUUUUUAUGCAAUAAUUUUUUUUGACAAGAUAUACGCACUAUGUAAUAAAUAUAUUAUAUAUUUAUAUUUAUAUUUUAUUUGAGAAUUUAAUAAAAUUAAUUAAACUCACACACUCUCUCUCUCACUAUCGUCCCUUUCUCUCACAGCUUUAUUAAUUAAACCCUCAAACCCAGGCGCUGAGAACCCAAAUUUUCAGUUUUCAUUGCAGCAGGGCUUCGGCGCGAGGUUUUGACUGUUAAUCCUUUAUAAUUGAGAUGGGCUUGACACGGGGCAUGAAGCGUCCGGUUGAAAUUCUAUACAAAAGACUGAGUAGUCCGGUCAAUCACAGUCAUGGUUCUGCUUUUGCGCACAACAAAGGAGCGUUAUUUACUAUGCUCUCGGAGAGAAAUGCAGCUGGAGUUCCAAACUAUUCCAAAUGUAUCAAUGGCUUUGGAAUACACUUCACUCGGAAUUACUCAUCCGAAGUAUCUUCAUCUGAACAAGUUAAUCUCAUAAAACAACUGAGGGAGAGAACAAGUGCUCCAAUAAAGGAAGUGAAAUCCGCUCUUGUUGCUUGCGACUGGGAUAUUGAGGCUGCACAGAAGGAGUUAAGGAAAAGAGGUGUUGCACUUGCAUCAAAGAAAUCUUCUCGAACUGCUGCCGAGGGUUUUCUUGCAUUGGCUCAGGAUGAGAAGAAGGCGGUACUUGUUGAACUCAACUGUGAAACUGACUUUGUCGCUAGGAAUGAAAUAUUUCAGCAUUUGGCCUUAUGCUUGGCAAAGUCUGCGUUAGUGCUCGAAGGUUCUCCACAAGCAUCAGCAACUAUUCCAGUCAGUCCUGAGUCUCUGGAGGAUUUAAAGAUAAACUUUGACCAUCCUAAGUUAACUGGAGAGAAAACAGUUCAAAAUGCAAUUACUGAGGUGGCUGUAAUGACGGGCGAGAAUGUAAAACUUGGAGGGGGUUUUGCAAUAUCUGUACCUUCAUAUGGUGUUGUGUCUACGUAUCUUCAUACAAGUCCCAUGCCAGGUAUAGGACGCAUUGCUGGACUUUUAUCUCUUGAGGUAGAGGAUAAGGAUGCUCCUUUGGAUGCUGUUCAGCGCGUUGGAUCACAAAUAGCAAUGCAUUUGGUUGCUGCGAAACCAUUGUUCCUGACGAAGGAAGAUGUUUCUUCUGAUGCACUUGGCAAUGAACGUGAUAUUCUUAGGUCUCAGGCAGAAAAAACGGGGAAGUCUCAGAUGGCUAUAGAUAAAAUGGUUGAAGGUCGACUAAGAAAGUAUUUUGAGGAAGUAGUUCUCUUGGAGCAGAAGUUUAUCGUGGAUGAUUCAGUAAACAUAACAAAAGUGCUGGAGAAUCUGUCGAAGGAAGUUGGAUCCACCGUGAAGAUCGGGAACUUUCUCAGAGUUGAAGUUGGUGAAGGGGUUAAGAGGCUCGAAGCUGCCGGUGCAACAGAACCUCUGUCUCAGACUGCUUAAAGACGGGAGCGCAAACCCGUCCGUGUUAACAUCACAGAGAUCGGGGCGAAUAGCUUUCUAUAACAUUGAGAAUAUUAGGACCUUUAUGCAUAACGCCUGAAGGAUUUCAAGGUGAUUUUUGAGGUGUCACUGUAUUUUUGCACAUUUCUCAACUUUGAUAAAUUUUGCUAAAUAUCUAGGAGAUAGUUAGAACUAGAAUAAUCACCAUUUUCCAUUUGCAUUUUCAUCUUGCAAUCAAGCAUUAUGGCAUGUCCUAGGUGAACUACAUGAUUUAUGAUCCAAUAACAUGUUUUAUUAUGUCCAUAAAA